AUGGAGGCUGUAUCAGGCCGUGUUAUACAUGUCCUUCUCAGAGCUGCAGAGCAUAUCAAAUUCCACGCUAUAGCUCUACAAGAGUGCAAGAGCAGAAGUAGCGACGUACGGCAGAUGAGUUAUGGCACACUCGUCAUUCGUAGAGAAAAGGUCCCGUCACGAAAUGUAGGGGAUGUUGGUUUUGUUGUGCACACAUCUAUCGUCCAUCUCGUCGAUUCUCACGUGUUCUUGUCACCUCGUUCUGAUGAGCCCGAAGCGGAAUCUUUUUACUCAGAGCUAAAGGAAAUGAUGUGCAACGAGAAGUCCUGCAAAAUCGCAGUCGGAGACUUCAACGCAAAUCUGCGACGCGUUCCAACCUUUUCGUUCAUCAACGCUUGUAUCAAACCCGACCGUCCUCGAUCCGGGGAGCUCCACCCGGAUUCAUCCCUCGCAAAUGCAAGUUCCUAUCAAGAACUUGAAGAAUAA